AUGGCAUUGUCGCCGGAUCAGAUCCGUACUGUCGACCAGCUGCGACAGAAGCUAGCACGACUGUCACAAACACUGCAGGAAUCGCGGCAGUCAUUAUUGAGCAGCGAUCCUCUCCCUUCAUGGCAAGAACUGAAGCUCGAACAAGACCACAUCAUCCGCAACAUCUCCAAUAUACAGCAAGCACUAAACGAACACCGGGACUUUCUGACAGCCGCACACGCAUACCCGACAUCUGCAUUUCCUGGCCAGACACAAGAAGGACUGCUAGGUAAUCUGCUGCGGAAAAAACUAGAGCCUAUCCCAGAGGACUGGGUCGCGAGGUACAGCAUCCAGCCCAAGCAGCAGGAUGAGGGCGGGUUAGCAGUGCAAGAGUUUCCCGGUCUAUGGGAUUGGGCGGCACAGUCGAAUCACGAGUGUCUUGAGCAGUUCCAAAUCUCGGACGCGUUCGAGGACGACUAUACAAUCGCUGAACGCGAAGGUGGGGUGGAGAAUGUGGUUACUGGGCUCAGACGAAAGCUUGGAGAAGAUGAGUCCGACAGUGAAGACGGUGACGAUGAUGUUAACAUGAGCGUGGACGAGGAGAGACCAAAGGCUGAUGGAAUGGAGAAGGAGGUUGCCAUAGUAGUAGUGGAGAAGGGCAUAGAUCCUACAUUGGCGCCGAUGAAGUUGGAGAAUUUGUUGCGUUUUAUGACUACUGGUGUUAUGCCGGCGCAAAAGUAA